CAUCAUACUCUUAGCUUGGCCGCAGUCUACACCAGUCUAAGCUUGAAUAUCUCAAUAACCCGACCUUUUAUACCCUACACACUCUAUGUCGAUGGCUCGUUCAUCCACAAUCGACCCAAAUGGUCGUCUUUUGGAGGAAUACGUCCAGGAUUCAUUCCAUAGCUAUCUCAAGUCAUCUUUGGCUCAAGCCAAGGCGGAACAUUUGCUGGAUGUAGAUAUGUUGAGCUCUGCUGAAGGCGACCUGAUGAUCACAGGGCCCGCCCUGUGUCUCUACUUUGCUGCACUUCGGUGCACCACCAACCCUCCGUCCGUUCCUCUCCCUCGCAAGAAUGCGAAACACAGCGGAGGUGAACCCGUACCCCAAAUGGAUUUGUCGCUAGACAACUGUCCACCCGCCUUCACCUCCUUUCUUGAGAUCUGGUCACAAGCUGUUCCAGACAUCCAAGCACUUCUUCCCGAACACCAACAUGACCUCGCCCGCAUCAUAUGCGGUCUCCCACCUAUCACUGUCCCACCAUCUUCACCGACCUACUCUUCCUCCUCUCCCGCUUCUUCCAUCUCUCAGAACCUGAACCGUAUAUCCGCCGACCUAAGGGCAGUCGCUAUCGAAAUUAGUCAACGACGAUCGUUCCAGGAACGAUACGGUGGCGACUUGCAGGCGGCUAUAGACACAGACGGAGGAGGAUCAGUCAAGGCGAAGGCCUCCUUCGUUCCACCACCCAUGUACACUCCUUCUCCGACUUCGUCUUUCUCCGGCUCUCUACCGCCUUCACCCGCCCCCGGCAUGCACACCUUCCCAUCGCAAGAUCCACCUCAGAGCCCUACCUAUGGAUCUCAUCUCGGUCCUCCUAGCCCCUCGUUCCCUGUCCCUUCGAUUCCGCAAGGCCCUUCGUAUGCAGGGCCCAGUAGCUCGUCAUCUCAUCAAUACCCCCAGCACGAAGGCUCUCACCAUCGUGACCGCACGCCCUCUAUCCUGGGCGCUAACUCUCCCGCUAUCGAACUCAUCCGUGAAACACUGUACGCUGCGCUCGGCGAUGUCCUAGAAGCGACGCCUUCCCUCCGUUCACUCCUUCGGACAGACCCUCCCCGCGCUUACUACGCCUCCGUCGCACUUUCCAUCCUUCGUAUGUCGACUACGAACGUCACAGAAGAGGGUACGCUGAUCGGCGUGUUGGGACAAGAGAUGAAGAUCGAGGCCGCGCCCGCAGAGAUCCGACCUUUCGUCCGCGAGUUCGCAGACAUCGGUCGGACCGCACACAUGGUCGAGGAGGAGGACACGACGGAAGUUGUUCGAUUACUCGAGGCAGGCAAGACGGAGCUUCCGGAACCUCGUAUCGACAGGGUCAGAGAGAUCUUGGAGAGAGGCGUGGGGCAUCAUAAUUCGAGACCGCCGAGGGAUGGGGCGGGGGGUGGGGGAGGGAGUGGGAGGAGGAGCACGGAGGGGCGAGCGGUGGCAUUUGCGAAUCGGAUUAAUGCGCUGGCGUUGGGGAUGACGAAGUUGAGGGCGUUCAGGGAGAGGCAGAAUGAUGUGUUCAAGGUAUUGGCUGGUGUCGGAGCUUCGUAGUCGUUUGGGGUUGUGGACGUGGUGGCUGAUUUCCGUGGCCUAUCUGCUCUUUGCUGCUCACUUGAUAUAGACUCGCAAUGAACACGAGAAGAUCUACGCGGCCGUAUCUAUUUAUGCUAUUUACAAUCGUGUAUUUGAAUAGCGUCCAUCUACGAUUAACCUACUGCUCUUUUACUUGCUUGAUAGUCUGAUAGCCUUUACUGUAUUGUGACGGUCCUCGGUGUAUUGAACUGAACAUACAAAUUGUUGUAUAACAUAUGGUGUACCCG